UCGAUUCCAUCGCUGUGUACCUAGGGGGGCUGCCUGGGGCAGCCGUUUAAACACGCGAGCCUUGUUGUGAGGUCCCAACGACGUCGGUGGCGUUUGGAUUACCGAGCGUUUGAAAUUACUUUGAACAACCGACCGACUACGAUAGAAGGAUUCCAGGAAUUCUAGAGAUGGCUCUAUUGUUCACGGGUGGCAACGGGUCGCAAUUAGGCGCAUGUAGAAAUUUCCGAGAAAGAUUUGAGCGGCAGAUGUGCCACGAACAAUGAUCGGGCGAUCGAGUGGUUUGUGGGUACGUCCGCGCGCGGCGGUUACAUUGGUCUGAAAGAAUUUAAGAUACAGUACUAACUGCUACAGUCAUAAAUAACUACACUUUUCGGAAUGAUAGACUAAUAUGUAUAUACCACCAACAUUAUCAUCUCAUUGAAAUUUCAUUUGUCAACAUAGUAACCAGUAAGUAACGUGUGGUAAAAAAUUGUAGUUUAUUCGUUUGGUCGUUUAUAGUUUGGUCUUGACAUAGGUACUAUACUAUAUGUUUUUUUCCUACCUAAUCUGGUAGCCUUGAGAGGCUUUGCCAGCGUAACUUAGCUAGUAGGUGAACUCUCGGAGCUCUAACCUAGGGGUGUUGCUAACACUGACCCUAGCAAGAGCAGGGCUUCGCAGAAUCUACCACCGGAUCGGAAACGCGACCCACUGAGAAGAUCCGGCGAGAAACUCAAUAGGCUUAGGACCGUAAUUGAGAUGCAGCUCAUUAUUAUCUUUAAUUGGAAGAUAAUAGAUAGUUAGAUGUGUACUUGAAAAAUCGUGAAAGUGCACGUGUAGCCAGAAGGAUAAUAAUUUUAAGGAAUGAAAAAGUUUGAACAGAGUAAUAUUAUAUCGAGUGGUUUCUGAGAUUUCAUUGUCUUUUUACAAAUUUACAAGUAUUUACAACCGUUAACACUAAUCCCGCUUUCGUAAAUUCAUAUUCAUGUGCGUAAUUCGGCAAGCAGAUUUCCAGUUUAUUUAAACAUCUUUUGGUCUCCAGCCAACAAUGCCGACGUACCAAGAACUUCACUCACGUGCCCUCAGCAUAUCUUCCAAGAUCGAGACAAUAAAAGACCAGUAUGCCGAUGGAAAAGCAGCUGGUAUUUAUAAUUUGUUAAUCGGAGACAGCAAUCAGAGAACAAAGUACUAUAAAGACUUUUUGAUUGGUAUGCUGAAGAAGAAUAACUGCAAGAAUAUUCUCGACGCCGCAUGUGGUACUGGAAUAGACUCAAUAAUGUUAAUUGAUGAAGGAUUUAAAGUUGUAUCAGUGGACGCUUCUGAUAAGAUGCUAAAAUAUGCUCUCAAGGCUCGUUGGGACAUGAGACAAAACUCUAAGUAUGAUCAAUGGGUAAUUGAAGAAGCCAACUGGGAGACACUCCCGCAAGACAUCGAGACGUUUCUACCAGAUACCCAGUUCGACGCCGUCAUAUGUCUCGGGAACUCGUUCGCCCAUUUGUUGGAUGAGUACGGAGACCAAAGGAUGCAGAAGCUGUGUCUGAGCAACUUCGCGAAAUGCCUGAAGCCAGGCGGCCUCCUGUUUAUUGAUCACAGGAACUAUGAGGCGAUAGUCAACAGUGGAACCACUCCGGGACAUACUUUUUAUUUUAAUAGUAAGCACCCAGUAGACAUUAAUACCUCGGUGCUGGUCGUACGUGGUGAACCUGUACUCGUUAUUUUAGAUUACUGCGUAUAUCCUUCCGACGAUGGAGAGUUAAAGGAAGCGAGGGAGUUCAGUCUGCGUUACUACCCACAUAAGCUAUCAACAUUCACGAGCAUGCUGGACGAGGCAUUCGACAACCGAGCCCGGCACCACAUCUACGGAGACUUCCAGCCGCUGGACAAGGUCCCCGUCCCUGCCUUCUACAUACACGUCAUGCAAAAGGCUAAAAAUUAAACAAUAAUUUGCAUCUGAAAAUGAUCCGUAUUUCCAACACUUUUAAGGAAAAUUUGUUUAGCUUAAAGUAGAUUCUAGGAUCUGAUUAGAUCAACGUCAAUUUUAAAUUCUUUUGAUUUAAGACUGAUUGGAAAUAAUUUUGAUUUACUUUUUUCUUUCGCUGUAAUACUUACAUGGGAUUAAAUAAUUUAAAAUAAACUGUUGACAAACUG